AUGCCAGGAUUUGGCGGUGGCAGCCGCAGGGACCUGAUGGCAGAGCCCGAGUCCCCUGCAGAGCUGCAGCUGGAUGAAGCUGGAGCAUCCUCAGCCUCACAGGGAGCAGCUGCAGGAGCUGCUCCCCGCCCAGACCUUGCACACAGCCCAGGGGUGGGUGUGGGAGUGACAGCCCAGCAUGGGGGCAGCCCAGACACCUGCCCUGAGCUGCAGGCAGAGAGUGGGGACACUUCCUUGGAACUAAACAUGCCAGGACCCCAGCUGGAUGAGGACACAGCCAGGGCCAAGAUCCCACUGGAUGGGGACAUGACAGGAAUCCCGCUGGACGUGGAUGCAGAUGGAUUAGGGAUCCCACUCGAUGUGGAUGGGGCAGGCAUCCUGCUGGAUGUGGAUGCAGGUGGAAUGAGGAUCUCGCUGGAUGUGGAUGAAGAUGGGGCAGGGAUCCUGCUGGACAUGGACACAGAGAGAGCAGGGACCCCAGGCAACACGGAUGCAGAUGGGGCAGGGAUCCCAGUGGACAUGGAUGCAGAGAGAGCAGGGACCACAGCUGAUGCAGAUGGGGCAGGGAUGCCACUGGACAUGGACACAGAUGGGGCAGGGAUCCCAGCUGGUGUGGAUGCAGGCAGGGCAGGGAUCCCAGCCGAUGCCGAUGGGGCAGGGAUCCCAUUGGACAUGGACGCAGAGGGAGCAGGAAGCCCUCUGGACACGGACGGUGCAGAGCAUCAGUGCCUGACGCUCGAAGAGCUGGGGGACUUCUUCCAAGAGUGCAUCGAAGCCGUGGAGCAGCUGGAGAAGGAGCGAGACAGCCUGAUCACGGAGCUCGCCCAGCUGCGGGAGCCGGCGCUGCAGGAGAUCCGCCAUGCCCACCAGGAGAUCCAGGAGGCUUGCAGGCUGCUGGCCAAGGUGGAGCUGGAGAGGGACAACCUGAAGGAUGAGAUCAGGCAGAUCAAGCAGAAGCUGUUCAAGGUGACGAAGGAGUGUGUGGCUUGCCAGUACCAGCUGGAGAGCCGGCGGCACGACCUCUCCCAGCACGCCGCUUACCGGGGCGAGCUGGAGACCCAGGCUGGGCAGCUCUCCGGUGAACUCUCCCGGCUGAAGGAGACCUGCGAGAAGGAGAAGGAGGUUUUGAGGCAAAGGUUGGAGGCUCCACCGUGCCGACAGGAUAAUCUGUACCUGCAGGAGAGCCGCCGGCUCUCCAUGGAGUUCGAGAGCUUCGUGGCGGAGAGCCGGCGGGGGCUGGAGGAGCACUACGAGCCCCAGCUGCUGCGGCUGCUGGAGAGACGUGAGGCGGGGGCCAAGGCGCUGCAGGAGAUGCAGGGGGAGAUCCAGGGGAUGAAGGAAGCCCUGAGGCCCUUGCAGGGGGAGGUCAGCAGACUGCGGCUGCAGAACCGGAGCCUGGAGGAGCAGAUUGUCCUUAUCAAGCAGAAGCGGGACGAAGAGGUCGGGCAGUACCGGGAACAGGUUGAGGAGCUGGAAGAUAGGCUGAAGGAGCUCAAGAAUGGAGUCCAGCUCCAGCAGCGCAAGAAUCAGGAGCUGGAGGAGCUGAGGACCAGCCUCCACCGGGAGCUCUCCAUCUACAAGAGCUGCCUAGAAAUCUAUGGCCACCUCUGCAAAUCAGAAGAAAAAACAGAGCAGGACUCUUAG